UCUGCCUCUCCCAGACGCGUCGCCACUCUUCACCCACCAUUCCAGUGCCGAUCCAUCCGAGGGAGAGCAUCCUCGCUGCUCUUCUCCACUGGUUCUCCAUCGCCGGCCGCGAAGAAGACGAUGGCCGCAAUCGUUGAUGAGCCGCGGUCGUUUCCUCUUCUCUUGCGUUCCAUACUCUCCUCACCAUGCCGAAUAUUUCUCCUUUUGAUUUCAUCCUCUCUGGUGCAGCCAAUCGACGGAAACGCUGCCGUGCACACCGGAGCUCUGGAGCGCGCUCUGUGCACCGCCGCAGUGACAUCAUCGCCGUUCCCGCUUAUCUGGACCAAGUCGGGCCAAGCUGUCACGCCAGCGUCUUCGCCUCGACCUCCUCUCCAUUUCCCCUCAAGAAUCUCGAAGGAUGGUGCUACGAGUGUGGAGAUCGUCCACCGUCUUCUCCACCUCCGGUCACCGUCGCCGUUGCCGAAUCCACCCCCUCCGUUCUUGGAGCUGAUUGAGCCAUCGCCGUUCACCCGGAGGUUCUUGCCGCCGCCGAGCCGUUACACGAGCCACCGUCAUAAACCUAGCUACCCCAGCCAUGUCUACCAUCUCGAUGAUUGCUUAAUCGGUGAAGAAGUGAUUUAGGUGCUGACAUUUUCCUGAUUCAAGGCAAGUCCCACCUCCCUCUCUUUG